UCUGUCAAUUGUCACGUCAAUGUCGUCGAUUGUCCGACGCUUGUCUCUUUCGAGAAAUAGUUAAUAUAAGUUAGAAUUUUAAUCUCUUUAACAAAGUAUUAAAAGUAAUAUCGUUAAUAAACCACAAAUUGACACAUGGUUCUGUGAAAUUUUAAACGUUAACAUAAAAAUACAAUGAUUUUAACCUUAACGUAGCCUACGUGUAUUGUAAGAAGCCAGUGCAAAAAGCAUUUGAACCAGAUCAAUGAUUAACAUGAGUGCCCAGCAGAGCCCGGCGAACAUGCAGUCCGUGGACAGAGAAAAAAUAUUUACAUGGAUCCUGGAACUGUGCAAUCCUGAGACCCGAGAGAAUGCUUUAUUGGAGCUGAGUAAGAAGCGUGAGAAUGUGCCGGACCUGGCGCCUAUGUUGUGGCACAGCUUCGGCACGAUCGCCGCGCUGCUGCAGGAGAUCACCAACAUCUAUGUGGCCAUGAUCCCGCCGACGCUCACGGCGCACCAGAGCAACCGCGUGUGCAACGCGCUGGCGCUCAUGCAGUGCGUCGCCUCGCAUCCCGAGACCCGUUCGGCCUUCCUACAAGCACACGUACCGCUAUUCCUUUAUCCCUUCCUCCACACUGUUUCCAAAACACGUCCUUUCGAAUACUUACGCCUUACCAGCCUCGGAGUUAUUGGAGCCUUAGUCAAAACAGAUGAACAGGAAGUUAUCACUUUUCUGUUGACCACUGAAAUAAUACCACUGUGUCUGCGUAUCAUGGAAAACGGAUCUGAACUAUCCAAGACAGUGGCUACAUUUAUUUUACAAAAGAUAUUGCUAGAUGACAGUGGACUUUGUUAUAUUUGCCAAACGUAUGACAGAUUCUCUCAUGUAGCUAUGAUAUUAGGAAAAAUGGUAUUAUCUCUGGCCAAAGACCCGUCCGCACGCUUACUGAAACAUGUUGUCAGAUGUUAUUUGCGCCUGUCUGACAACGCUAGAGCUAGAGAGGCCUUAAGACAAUGCCUGCCCGACCAGUUGAGAGACUCCACGUUUGCAGCUUGCCUCCAGGAAGAUAACUCCACUAAGCACUGGCUGGCUCAGCUCAUUAAGAACUUGGAAGCUCAGCCCCCGCCGGCCAGUCCGGCACAACAGAACAUGUACAAAACAAGAUGAAAGCACUAAUUUUGUAUGCAGUCGUAGUGGACUAGGAAUAAACCUUUUUAUUAUUUCAA